CUCAAGAAAUGGCGAGGCUGUGGGAUGAGUUCAAUAUGCAUACUUGUUUCAACAUUCAAGGAUCAGCAAAAGAAGAUGAAGGCAAACAAGACUAUAAUGUUUUCUUUCUCUAUUUCUAUCUGCAGCCAGUCAAUCUCUGUUUUUCUCCUUCCAUUUGUGUUGCUCAUCUUCUUUCUUCCGCCAUCUUCACCAGCUCCUCCCAAUCACAAUGGGCUCUACAGGGACUCGCAGCAGCUAUUAUCGUUCAAAGCUACCAUUUUUAACCAAACACCAUUUCAGAACUGGGUAUCAUCCUCCACAAAUCCCUGUAGCUUCACUGGUAUUACAUGCAAAGGAUCAAGGGUCUCUUCUAUAAAUCUCACACACACUAUGCUCAGCAUAGAUUUUGGGAUGGUUUCUGCUUACUUGCUCAGUCUUGAAAACCUGGAGAGCCUUGUGUUGAAGAAAGCCAAUCUCAGUGGCUCACUCGCUUCUGCCUCAAAAUCCCAAUGCGCUGCUUCUUUGAGGUACAUAGAUCUAGCUGAAAACUCCAUCUCAGGGCCUGUUUCUGAUAUCUUUAGCCUUGCUCGUCAGUGCUAUAAUCUUAAGUUGUUGUCUCUGAAGGGUAAUAAAUUAUCAGGAAAAAUUUGGGAAUUGAGGUUUAUGAAUUUGUCAUAUUUGGACCUUUCUGCCAAUAAUUUCUCUGAAAAUUUUCCUCCAUUUCAAGACUGCUCUAGUUUACAACAUCUUGAUUUAUCAUCCAACAAGUUUAGUGGUAAUAUUGAUGCCUCCCUUUCUUCAUGCUCCAACCUCAGUUUCCUCAAUCUCUCCAACAAUAAACUCUCUGGUGAGUUGCCUGUUGAAACCCUACUAAAUUUGACUAGCUUGAAGACAUUGGUUUUAUCAUUCAAUUAUUUUGUUGGUGGCUUGUCUGAGUCAUUUUCUAGCUUGGUAAACUUAGAGACCUUAGAUUUGAGUUCUAAUAAUGCGUCUGGUUUGAUACCCUCUGGGAUUUGUAAAGACCCUAAGAAUAGCUUGAAAGUGUUGUACCUUCAGAAUAACCUGUUUACUGGUCCAAUACCUGAAAGUCUAAGUAACUGUUCCCAAUUGGAAUCUCUUGAUCUUAGCUUUAAUUACCUUAAUGGGAAGAUACCAUCUGGCCUCGGGUCCUUGUUGAAGCUUAAGGAUUUGAUAAUUUGGAUGAAUCAGCUUGAAGGGGAAAUCCCAAGGGAGCUAAUGUACUUGCAGUCUUUGGAAAAUCUGAUUCUUGAUUUCAAUGAAUUGUCAGGGUCAAUGCCUGAAAGUCUCAGCAACUGUACUAAUUUGAAAUGGAUUUCUUUGUCGAAUAAUUUGUUGAGUGGUGCUAUACCAGUUUCAUUAGGGACCUUGUCUAAUCUAUCCAUUCUAAAGUUGGGAAACAACACCAUCUCUGGGAACAUACCUGCUGAGUUGGGACAUUGCCGCAGCUUGUUAUGGUUGGAUCUCAACACCAAUUUCUUGAACGGUACUAUCCCACCCGCUCUGUUCUUACAAUCUGGCUUUAUUGCAACGCCAUUACUUACUGAGAAGCAAUAUGUGUAUAUUAAGAAUGAUGGAAGUGAGCAGUGCCACGGAGCAGGAAAUAUACUCGAAUUUGGUGGGAUUACACAGGAUCGCCUUGACAGGAUUUCAAUGAGGAACCCCUGCAAUUUUACUAGAGUCUACGAGGGCAUUACACAACCAACAUUUAACCACAACGGAUCCAUCAUUUUUCUUGACCUUUCUUACAAUAAGUUGGAAGGCAGUAUUCCAAAGGAAUUAAGUUCCAUGUACUAUCUCUCUAUUCUGAAUUUGGGGCAUAAUGAUCUCUCUGGUCCAAUACCUCAAGAACUUGGAGACUUGAAGAAUUUUGCAAUUCUUGAUCUGUCGCACAACCAACUCAAUGGCUCAAUUCCACAGUCAUUGACCAGCCUCACAUUUCUUGCGGAUAUUGAUCUGUCAAAUAACCACCUUUCUGGAAUGAUACCUCAAUCAGCUCCUUUUGACACAUUUCCAGAUUAUAGGUUUGCUAAUAAUUCUGGCCUUUGUGGAUACCCCCUUGCUCGGUGCGUUGCAGAAUCAAAUUCAAGUUCAAGUUCUAAGCCUAGCAGAUCAAAGAAAAAGCAUUACAUCAUUAUACCUUGUGCUGUAAUUGCAGGAGUACUUAUUGGGUUAGUAAUUCUGUUACUUGUGUUCAGACGUGGAGUGGAAGGGAGAGAGGACAAUGAUGAAGAAGAAUGGAGUAUCAUUUCACUUCAAAGGUUGGAAUUCAAUAAAUGGGAAAUCUUGGCCAGUCUGACAGAUGAAAAUUUGAUUGGAAAUGGAGGGUCAGGAAAAGUAUAUAGAGUGAUCACCAAGAAGGGUCAGAGUGUUGCAGUUAAAAGCAUAUUGCAUGAACAAAAGCAAGGGCAGGGAUUAAUGGAGAAACAGUUCCUAGCAGAGGUUAAGAUUCUUGGGGGAAUUUGGCACAACAACAUAGUGAAAUUGUUAUGCUGCAUCAGAGGAAAGACUACAAAGCUUCUUGUGUAUGAGUACAUGGACAAACAAUGUGUUUACAAAUGGUUGCAUGGAAAGAAAAGAGGCUUAACUACUCAAGUCUUGCAGUGGGAGAGGAGGCUAAAAAUUGCCAUUGGAGCUUCACAAGGGCUUUGCUAUAUGCAUCACGGUUGCAAUCCACCCAUUGUUCAUAGGGAUAUCAAGUCCAGUAACAUACUCGUCGACUCUGACUUCAAUGUCAAGAUUGCAGACUUUGGACUGGCAAAGUUGAUGGCGAGUGAAGGAGAUCCAGAAACAGCAUCUGCUAUUGUGGGAACCUUUGGUUACAUUGCCCCGGAAUAUGGCAGUACAAGAAAAGUGGAUGCGAAGAGCGACAUCUACAGCUUUGGCGUAGUUCUCUUGGAAUUGACAACUGGAAGAGAAGCCGUGCCUGCAAAUGAGGAUAUGAACCUGGCACAAUGGGCACACAAACACCAAAGAGAAGGGAACUCAGCUGCAGAUGCCCUAGAUGAGGAGAUCAAGGACCCACGUUAUCUGGAGGCAAUGAUCGCUGUUUUCAAAUUAGGCCUUGCAUGCACUUUGAAUUCCCCAUCAAGCAGGCCGUCCAUGAAAGAUAUUUCACAGAUUCUUCAAAGAUACAGCGAAAACACUCAUCUGUCUUUAGAGAACCAAUAGACAAUAUAAUAUUUCCACUUUACUUUUGAAUGCAAAAUAUUUUGCAAUGGUUUGUUUAGUUUAAUUUCACUAUUGCACUCACAGUGCAGUUAU